CCCCCCGUUUAAAUCCACUCCUCUCGCGCUCGCCUCUUAAACACACCGUCCUCCCGCUGCAAGCCCGUCCCGACCCGGCCCCUGGAGGAGAGGAAGCGUCAGCAGCACCAGCUCCGCACCGCGGCACCCAUCACUGCUGCCUCGAUCUCGCCUGCACCCGUGGUAACAUGGUCUGCAGGGCUCGGCUGCUGUAGCCAAGGGCCACAUAGUUACACAGCCAGCAGUGAGCAGCAGAAGCAGCAGCAGUAGUAAGCAGACGGAGAUCAACACUAGGCUGAUACAUCAGAGGCACCGGAGGAAGGCGUCCAGAGCAAAGCCGAGCAUCCCUGCAUCUCUACGCAGCUGUCCUGCACACCGGCCCCGCUGAACCGGAGCCGGGACACCCUCCUCCCCACCGCAGACACUACCUCGGCUUUAUCGGGUGGGAAAAGCCGCCUGGCCAGUGAUAUAGUCACUGUUGUUGUCAAGGAAACCAAGAGUCCUGUCCCGUUGCCAUGGGGAAACAGAACAGCAAGCUGCGGCCAGAGAUGCUGCAGGACCUACGGGAGAAUACCGAGUUCUCCGACCACGAACUGCAGGAGUGGUACAAGGGUUUCUUGAAGGAUUGUCCAAGUGGAACCCUGAAUGUGGAGGAGUUCAAGAAAAUCUACGCCAAUUUCUUCCCCUACGGUGACGCUUCCAAGUUCGCUGAGCACGUCUUCCGAACGUUUGACACCAACGGCGACGGGACGAUAGACUUCCGGGAGUUCAUCAUCGCCCUGAGCGUGACAUCACGGGGCAAGCUGGAGCAGAAGCUGAAAUGGGCCUUCAGCAUGUAUGACCUGGACGGAAACGGGUACAUCAGCCGCGACGAGAUGCUGGAGAUUGUACAGGCCAUCUACAAGAUGGUGUCAUCUGUGAUGAAGAUGCCCGAGGAUGAAUCCACGCCGGAGAAGAGGACGGAUAAGAUCUUCAGACAAAUGGACCUCAAUAAUGAUGGUAAAUUGUCCCUGGAGGAGUUUAUCAAAGGUGCCAAAAGCGACCCGUCCAUCGUCAGGCUACUCCAGUGCGACCCCAGCUCGGCCUCCCAGUUCUGAGCCCCAUUACGCCACCCCGCCCCCCGCCCCUUACCCCCUGCUGCGACCCGUCCCUCCUCACCCUCUCUGUUGCUAUUGAAACAGUCACUGAAAUCAAUGCAUGAUGGUUCCCGUUUCUCAUAUCAUCAUCUCUUUUUCUUUUCUUUUCGUUGCUGUGUGCAAGGGUGGUGGAGGAGGGAAGGAGGAUGGAGGAUAAGAAAAGCCAUCACUUAUCGUUUCACUUUCAUUUUUUAUUUUUUUUUUUUACAUUUGGGAAGACUGAAAGGACAUGCAUACAUUUUAAUGAUCAGUCGACAGUGGCGUCCGCUAAUGUCCCCCUAUAUGUCUCUCUCUCUCUGUGGAUGGACGGAUAUUCCGGGGAGCUGCUUGUGACAAAGCGUGGCUUUCUGCAGGGUGGGGAUUGCUCAGUUUGUCCUCCAACACACAUGUACAUCGUGUGUGUGUGUGUAUAUAUAUAUAUAUAUAUAUAUAAACACACAG